AUGCACCACACCUGUCCGAUCAAAGGCGAAACCCGUAUUCACCGGGGUGAUCAGUUCCGCGCCCUUGAAGCGACACGCUUCAUCAUGUCCAAGCAAAGACUCAUGCAAGCGAUGCAAAAGCUAAGCAAGACGUUAAUCUCAUUGCAAGCCCAUCCACCGCACCGGGUUCCAGGGCACGCAAAAGCCCCCAACCUGAACAAAAUCAAACGGGACAUCCUCGCUCUGAUCGAACGGCUGGACCACGUACUUCGCCGCCGACCGGGCCAGACUCCGUUUGAACAUAGACUGUGUCAAUGUACCGAGCACAGGAGAGCAGUCAUCGUUGCAUGUCUGGACUAUGUCUUGGACAUGGUUGAUAGACCUGAGUUGCUUCGUGAGUGUAGUAUGGUCUUGAUUAUUAUCAGCAAUCAUGUCGGGGCUAUGCGCAUGAUGGACGUUUCUGACAGCGUCGCUGAUGGAAGGGAUAUACGGCUCCGCGAACUAUGGACCGUGUGUGGUGCCGAGUCGGGUUACUUCUCUCUCUGUCUGAUGAAGUAUUUUUGUACUCCAGAGUUGAAUUAUCUUGUUCCACUGAUGUACUUGACUGAUCCGUUGUGUGGGUGUUUGUGGUGCCAACGAGAUGGGGAGACUGUAUGA